AUGUCGGGCUACCGCCUACUCUCUGGCCAAGCAACUCAACAGAUACACUUCUUUGAGGCCCAACAGGCAAACCUUUCUUCAGGGAACCCCGGGGGAAAUGUGGCAACAGUACAGAGUACCUGCUCUGAGGAGCUUAAAGAGGAGACUGCUCCCAAUAGUAACGGUGGCAUCCAUAAGCAGUAUAAAGACCUGGUUCACUCUCAGGCAAAAGAGCUGACCCAGUUACGGGAGAAGUUACGGGAAGGGAGAGAUGCCUCCCGCUCACUGUAUCAGCAUUUGAAGGCCCUCCUCACUCCCGGUGACCCUGACACGUCCCAGGGUCAGGACCUCCAAGUGCAGCUGGCUGAGGGGCACAGGCUGGCAGAGCAUCUUGUCAACAAGCUCAGCCCAGAAAGUGAUGAAGAUAAAGAUGAAGAUGUUACAGAUGAGGAAGUCGAGGAAGAACAGGAAUCACCUGCCCCCAGGGGGGUGCAGAAGACUGAGGAAAAGGAAGUCCCUCAGGACUCACUGGAGGAAUGUGCUGUCCCUCGUUCAAACAGCCACAGCACUUCAGACUCCAACCAGCCUCUCAGGAGCGCCAAAGUCACAUUUGAGGGAGACAAAGUCGACCCUUCUUUGGUUGUAGAGAGUGAAUGUUCUCAGGAUGAAGGGGAGGAAACUCCAAACAUUCUCCCAGGGAAUCAAAAGGAUCAUGAGGAAGAGGAAGGGAAAGCUCCAGUGUCUCCCAGAAACCCACAAUCAGUUGAGCCAGGUAAACUGAACAAGCUCAGGGAUUUCCUGAUCUCACCUUAUGUCUGCCUCUUUGGCAUUACCAUAUUUACAAUGUUUAUCUUUUGUCUUCUUUACUCCAGGCUGAGCCAGGAGCUGCCAGACGUAAAUGAGCAAGAACAGGACUCCUUGGAUGAAAUUUACUUGACUCCUUCAGUUCAACGUGACCUGUCUGACUGCCACCAGCCUUAUAGCAGCACCUUGUUCUCAUUGGAUGAUCAGCUCACAUGCUCUGCUCUGGAUGUAGCCUCUCUCACCCAGGAGAACUGUCCCCAAGGGACCUGCAGUGGAAACUUGAGCUACUACCUGUCAGAGGUGCAGACUUCACAGAAACAGCCGGAGCCAAGCACCUUGGUGCCCAAUUGUCUGGGACUACAGCUGGAUGAAGGGUUCAACUGUGUGAAUGGCUUAGCCAGGCGGGGCCUUUACACCACCACCUGCAGCUUCACAGUGAAUGCGGAGUCUGGGACCCAAUGUCCCUUUCAAGGAAAUGAAAAGGAUCAUGAAGAAGAGGAAGAGAAAACGCGAGUGCCCCCCAGGCUGAGCCAGGAGCUGCCAGACGUAAACGAGCAGGAAGUCCCAGAGGACUCCUUGGAUGAAAUUUACUUGACUCCUUCAGUUCACCAUGACCUGUCUGACUGCCACCAGCCUUAUAGCAGCACCUUGUGGUCAUUGGAUGAUGAGCUCACAUGGUCUGCUCUGGAUGUAGCCUCUCCUACCCAGGAGACCUGUCCCCAAGGGACUUGCAGUGGAGACUUGAGCUACUAUCUGUCAGAGGUGCAGGCUUCACAGACACAGCCGGAGCCAAGCACCCUGGUGCCCAAUUGUCUGGGACUACAGCCGGAUCAAGGGUUCGACUGUGGGAAUGGCUUAGCCAAGCCUGACCUUUCCUCCACCGCCUGCAGUUUCACAGCCAAUGCUGAUUCUGGGACCCAAUGUCUCUCUCAAGAGCUGGAUUUAGAGCCCUCUGUUGGAAUGAAGAACCCUCUGCAGCUAGAAGGCGAUGCAGUUGAAGGCUCAGCAGACAACACACAAGAGCAUCAAGUCACUGGACACAUUCAUGCCUCAAGUGUCCCGAAACGAAAGUCUAUUAAAAGA